CGCCGCCUCUCGGGCUGUUAUUGCAGGCAAGCAGAGCGAGAGAGAGAGAGAGAGAGAGGAAAGGGAAAGGAGAGGGGAGGGGCCUUUGCUCCGCUUGCAUCGGUCUCCCAUUCCAUUUUGCCUAUAGGAGCCAGGACGCUGCCAGAGCCUAUUCUCUCUCCGUCUCUUUCGAGCCCAUUCUUCCUCCCCUCCAUGCAUAAGGAGCCUACUACCACCACCACCAGCAGCAGCAAAGGGAGCUACAGCAGCGACUUCCCAGGCAGGAACCCUCCAGGGCUGGCGAUCUGAGCCUAGGGGGCAACAGGAGACGAACCGAAGCCAACAGAGGCAGCCGGGUGCUGAUCCGGCUCAAGCAUGGGGAGGAGACGGCGCUGAGAGAGCCCCCAGAAGGGGUGCCUCUGGCUUGGAGACCCAUCAGACCCUCUUCGGCUGGGAGACUCGAGUGGAGGGAUCCAGGAGGAGGAGGAGGAGGGCCCCCUCCCCUUGCUCCAAUCCCAUCAGAUCCCUCCUCCAAACCUCACUCCACUUUGAUAGGUUCUUGGAGUUGUGCCUUUCUUGGCAGGGCUGAGUAAGACCCCCCCCUUCCCACUCUCAUCUGAACUUCCUUUGGACUUACUUGCAUGCAGCUCCUCUGCCUUUGGGACUUCAUCAUCAUCAUCACUCUUCCUGGGCUACUGUCUCUUUAAGUAGAUAUAAUCUCUACUCAUUGAGAGAGGCAACGAUUUGGGGGGCCCCCAAAGCCAUGGCUGUGAAAGGGGCAACCGCCCACACUGGGGUCUUGCUGGUGACAGCCAACGUGGGAUCCUUGUUUGAUGAUCCAGAAAAUUUACAGAAGAAUUGGCUUCGGGAAUUUUACAAGGUUGUUCAUGCACACAAGCCACAUUUCAUGGCAUUACACUGUCAAGAGUUUGGUGGGAAAAACUAUGAAGCGUCUAUGUCUCAUGUGGACAAAUUUGUUAAAGAAUUGUUAUCAAGUGACGCAAUGAAAGACUACAACAGGGCCCGGGUUUACCUGGAUGAGAAUUUCAAGUCACAGGAACACUUUACGGCACUAGGAAGUUUUUAUUUUCUACAUGAAUCCUUGAAAAAUAUUUACCAGUUUGAUUUUAAAGCUAAGAAGUAUAAAAAAGUUACGGGGAAAGAAAUCUAUUCAGAUACGUUAGAAAGUACACCUAUGCUGGAAAAAGAAAAGUUCCCACUGGAUUAUUUCCCAGAGUGCAAAUGGUCCAGAAAAGGAUUCAUACGAACGAGGUGGUGUAUUACUGACUGUGCCUUUGACUUGGUAAACAUUCAUCUUUUCCAUGAUGCUUCCAAUUUAGUUGCUUGGGAAACAAGCCCAUCGCUUUACUCAGGAAUAAGGCAUAAGGCCCUUGGUUAUGUACUUGACAGAAUUAUAGAUCAGCGGUUUGAGAGAGUUUCGUAUUUUGUCUUUGGAGAUUUCAACUUUCGACUGGACGCAAAGUCAGUUGUAGAGACACUUUGUACAAAGGCUACAAUGCAGACGAUUCGGGCUGCAGACACUAAUGAAGUAGUCAAGCUAAUAUUCCGUGAAUCUGAUAAUGACCGAAAGGUUAUGCUACAAUUAGAAAAGAAACUCUUUGACUAUUUUAACCAAGAGGUUUUUAGGGAUAAUAAUGGCACUGCGCUUUUGGAAUUUGACAAAGAGCUGUCAGUCUUUAAAGACAAAUUAUAUGAACUGGACAUUUCAUUUCCUCCCAGCUAUCCAUAUAGUGAGGAUUAUAGCCAGGGAAUGCAGUACAUGAACACUAGAUGUCCAGCUUGGUGCGACAGGAUCCUUAUGUCACAUUCUGCAAAAGAGCUUAUUCUAAAGUCAGAAAAUGAAGAGAGGCAAGUGGUAUAUGACCACAUUGGACCAAACGUCUGCAUGGGGGACCACAAGCCCGUGUUCCUGUCCUUCCGAAUAGCCGCGGGGGCAGGUAAACCUAUUGCCAAUGUACACAAGUGUUGUCUCGUGCAGUGAUGUGGUGGGAAAAGGUGCCUCCGCCAUGAGAAGAUCUGCCGGGAAAGUGCUUUAUAGCGAGGAAGAGGAUGAAGAGGAGGAAGAAGAAGAUGAUGAAGGCCGGUGGUCUGUUCUCUUGCUUCACCACCCUCGUCCUCCAUUGCAUCCUUGCGUGCCAUGUUGUUGGUUUUAUUGUUGUCACUGUUCUUGUUAUUCCUGUUAUUAUGGUUGUUAUUAUUAUUAAUUUUUAGGCUGUUAAUCAUACACUAUUUUUCUGCGUCUCGGCUGUUUUGUUUUAAUUUUCUAUUUGGUCCCUGGAAAGGAAGACAAAAGAAAGCGAGGAGAGAGAAAGAAACUUUCAUACCUCACCGUCUCGUCUAUCUUGUGACAUCCGAUAUGGACUUUUUAUUUUUAUAUGGAGAUGCGUAUAUUCUAUGGUUGCCAAAAUAUAUAUACUCCACCACUCCCCAAACCCUCUAGUUCUCUGUUUCUGAGACUUCACUCGUCUGUCAAUGUGAAACUCUAUAUAAUCUUCGAGAUUUAGGACUUUUUUCAUCCCCCUUUCUCCAGCUUCAUGCCAAGUUACGCGUUUUGUACAUUGCCUUGUAUAGAAGUUGCGCUGUGAUCACUUGUAUGUUGACUGAGUUUUAUGGUUCAUGGGAAGGGGGGGUUGAAUUAUUAUUUUUGUCAUUUUUAUAGACUUUUUUGUUUUAUUAUUUUUUCCAUGUUAUGUACUCUACUGCCAUGUUCCAUGGUUUUUUGAAUCACAUGACCGCAGCUGCUUUCUAUCAGUGUAUAUAUUUAUAUAUUUGUAUGUGAGUGUGUAUAGAGAUCUCUAUAUAUAUAUACACAGAUAUAGAAAAUAAUUUAUAAUGAUA